AUGAACCGACGGCUUCCAACAUCCCCUCUACCGGUCAGCAAUCCGACCCAUAUCUUCCUUCGGAACGUACCACAAUGUACGACCCCAGGCGACAUUCGGAGAGCUCUCAUGCGAGCAGAGAUUAAAGGCGUAGCUGACGUCUCCAGGCUUUAUAAACACUUUCGACCUCAAAAAAAGGUUCUCAUUACGAUGUCCCUGCCGGAUUACACUCCCGAUGCUCUCAGAGCAGCUAAAGAUGUACACAUCUUAGGCUUUCCACUAGAUGUGGAUGUCGUUCACAACAGGGAUGUCGUUCUUACGUCGGACCCCAAACACGGCGAUGGUCCUUCAGCUGGUGUUGUUCCUGGCCGGACAGUGACGCUGGCAGGUCUUCCUGGCAGGAGCACAUAUGCACACGUUCGGCAGCUUCUGAAGGGAUUCGAGUUCGAAAAAAUAAUCGCUGUGCCUCUAGAACACAAGAAGUUUUCUCUGUAUUCCCGCUUUGCGAUAGAAAUGGCUUCAGAGUCUGAGGCCCAGAGGCUACGAAAGUAA